GAAAUUCUGAUUUUGCACUACUGAGCAUAUUCACUGAGCAUGUAUGCAAUGCAUUCUUGGAGAGAAAUUCUGAUUUGCACUACUGAGUGCAUUUACUGAGUCUCCCAUUGGCUGCAAUUAUCUCGCUUUCGUUAGUUGCCUGCUUUGUAUUGGUAGUAAUUGUUGGCAUCUUCUGUGCGAAAAGAAAGAAAUCGCAGUGUGCUCGUGUGUGGAUACGAAAACACAAAGUGGACAGUUCAGAAGAUUCACAUGAAAACUGCUGUUUCCAUCUUGAAGCUAACUGUAACAAUAUGAACUCCACAAUGAGCCAAUCAUCUCCGAAUCCCAGUACGGAUUCUAGCGGCUAUGACUCACCGACAAGGAUUUUACCUCGACAGUCGACCGUGCCUGUGAUGACGUCAAAGAAAAAGCGAGAAAUGUACCAUCGGCAAAUGUCACUGCAAGUUAAUAUGUCAAGUGUGGAAUUUUCUGUUCAAAACGUCCAACGAAAGGAGCAGCCUCGUAUAGGGAAUCUUCGACCAGAGUUAUACAAAACAGCCAUAGAGAGCAAUGGAUCAGAUGCUGAAGGACGAAUUAAUUUCACUAUCAAAUAUGAUCACCAAUUUGAAACACUUAUCAUCAAUAUCAUCAAAGCCAUUGAUUUACCAGCCAAAGACUUUUCCGGAACAUCUGAUCCAUAUGUUAAGCUGUACCUACUUCCAGAUAGAAAGAGGAAGUUUCAAACAAAGGUCCAUCGCAAAAACUUAAAUCCUACAUUUGAUGAAAGUUUCAGUUUCAAUGUUCCUUUCCAAGAAGUUCCAGAACGUAGUCUGCAGCUGAGCAUUUAUGAUUUUGAUCGGUUUUCACGACAUGACUCAAUUGGACAAGUUGUGGUGAAAAAUUUAAUGGAAAAAUCUGAUUUAAGUGUUGAAACUGAAUACUGGAUGGAUAUUCAGAAGAACACGCAUGAAGAUAAAGCUGACCUUGGGGAGCUGAUGUUUUCUCUUUGUUAUUUACCAACUGCUGGAAGACUCACACUGACAGUCAUAAAAGCUAGAAAUCUUAAAGCUAUGGAUAUCACAGGUGCUUCAGAUCCGUAUGUAAAGAUUUCACUAAUGUGCCAAGGAAAACGUCUGAAAAAAAAGAAGACAACUGUGAAGAAAAACACCUUGAAUCCUGUUUACAAUGAAGCUAUCGUGUUUGAUGUUCCACCAGAAGUAAUGGACCAGAUAGCAUUGUUGGUAGCUGUAGUAGACUAUGACAGAGUUGGUCACAGUGAACUAAUUGGUGUAACAGAAGUGGGACCCAAUAGCUGUGGUAUCGGAGGAGAUCACUGGGGUGAGAUGAUAGCACAACCUCGUAAACCAAUUGCAUAUUGGCAUCCACUUUUGGAGUCAGUGGCAACACUGAACAGUGGCUCUAUGGGGAGUCUUAAAGGUUGUAUGACCCCGCAGCAGUCAUUUGAUUGAAUAUACAAGAGCUCUAUCAUAGAAGCCAUGGAAUCGAAUAUGGAAAUGUGGUUCCUAUGAUGAUGCCUUCAAUCUGCUUGUUGCAUCACAUAUUGAAUAAUUCAAGACUGGUGUAAUUGUCCGAAGAUACCAACUUCAUCAGCUGAAGACACUGAAAGUGUUGUUGUCAAUUGAAUUCACCAUCAAGAAUGAAAAAGAAAUGCGCUGA